AAAAAAGCUCAGCAGGAUGUCGUGCUCUUUCAUGAGAGAUAUACGAACGCUGUACGUGCUACUGUCGAAAGAUUGGAGAGGCUGUAUUGGGACGAGCAGCGUGAUGAAGACGCGGACAGGACAGCGUACGAGGCCGUUAACCUUCCUGAGGUCGCUAGAUCUGACUCCGUGGGCUUCCGUAAGACCUGACCAGGGGCCUUCAGCUAAAAGCCUGAAAUGUUGCAGAAUGCAAGGCCGGUGGGGGCGAUGCGACCGCUGUCAUGGAAAGAUAGAGGCGGGAGCAGAGGAGCAUGAUGCUGAAGGAAAGCCGACUCUGCGAUGGCUUGUGGGCCACGUUAUAGCCACAUGAGCGCAGGUUCAGCUGAAAAGUACGUGCUCGUUUGGCCGGCGGUCCAUUCGAGCUCUGGCCAGUUUCCGAGUUCAGAGGAGGCUCGAGGACUGACACCGAGCAUCUUCUUUCUGUCUGUCAAGAAGGUUACGCGGGGAAUGGAUGGCUGUCCUCUCUAGGUCCCUUGAGCGUUCUUCCCAUCUCCCUAAAAUCAGCCUUGCAACUGAAUUUGCGUCACAUCCACACGCUGUUUUGUAGCUUAGCCUCUGGUUACCAUUCUGUCAGAUGCGAGUAAAAUGAAACAUCCCAGAAACAGAAGACUCCUGAAACUCUUCGCCAUCUUUUUGGUUAUCGAAGUGCGAGCCGAUGACUUCGCUUCCUCUCAAUCACUUUACAGGCUCUUGCUUUUACAGUUCAACGAGCACCUGCCCCAUCAAAUAUCGAGCACAAACGUGACCUCAUUGACUUGUCUCGUUCAGUCUGAUGAGCUUCAAUUGUUCAUUUUCUAUCUUUUCAAAUUGAGACGUAGAAAACCAGAGUCGAAAAGGAUUGAAGUGUUUAGACGAUUAUCCUUCAGGACAAUUCAGUGCCCGCCUAUUGUGAUGUAGUGUUCUGAGUCGGAGACUUUCGCUCGAAUUCCUUCCCCUUCGAGGCUCUGACAAUAUGCAGGCAUCAGAGUUUACCGGCAGUUCUUUCAAGGAAACCCGAACUCACUAACUGAAAGCAAGGCCCUUUUGAAACCAUAAAAAGAACGUGAAAGGUUGAAGUUUGCACAAUAUAUCUUUUGCUCUUGGGUUACGAGCACGAUCUGAUACUG